GCACCACUCCGGACCUUCCCCGAGGUCACGCAAGGGUAGCCAGGGUCCCGCCAUCAGUCGGCUGUCCCUAGUCAGACGCUCGAGUUAAGCGACAUGUCCGGGGUCCUACACAUAAGGCGUAGUGGGACUAAAGCAGUGUGGUGGUGGUGGUGCAGAUGCAAGCAUGUAAUCCCAGCGUCUGGGAAGCCGAGGUCGGCGAUCUACGAGCUCGAGGACAGCGUGGCCUGUAGAGUGAGUUCCAGGACAACCAGGGCUACACAUGCUCACAGCUGUUAAGUUUGUCAUUCCUAUGCUACACUUUAAAGUAAAACUCACUACAAGCCAAGAUAAAGUAGAAAAAAGGUAAAAGGAUUAUCAUGGCUUCCAGCCACACCGUAUUGAUGCGACUGGUAGCCUCUGCAUAUUCUAUUGCCCAGAAGGCAGGGACCAUAGUCAGGUGUGUCAUUGCUGAAGGAGACCUGGGCAUCGUGCAGAAGACCUCAGCCACAGACCUGCAGACCAAAGCAGACCGCUUGGUGCAGAUGAGCAUAUGCUCUUCCCUGGCACGCAAGUUCCCUAAGCUGACCAUAAUAGGGGAGGAGGACCUGCCUCCGGGGGAAGUGGACCAAGAGCUGAUUGAAGACGGGCAGUGGGAGGAAAUCCUGAAGCAGCCGUGUCCCUCGCAGUACAGCGCUAUCAAAGAGGAAGACCUUGUGGUUUGGGUUGACCCCUUAGACGGCACCAAGGAAUACACCGAAGGUCUUCUUGACAAUGUGACUGUUCUUAUUGGGAUCGCUUAUGAAGGAAAGGCCAUUGCAGGCAUCAUCAACCAGCCAUAUUACAACUACCAGAGCAAUGAAAAGCAGAAGUUAAGGGAGCAGAGGAAAGAAGCGAAGGCAGGCCCUGACGCUGUGCUGGGCAGGACCAUCUGGGGAGUUCUGGGUUUGGGUGCCUUUGGGUUUCAGCUAAAAGAGGCACCGGCUGGGAAGCACAUCAUCACAACCACCAGGUCCCAUAGCAACAAGCUGGUCACAGACUGCGUUUCAGCCAUGAACCCCGACAACGUGCUGCGAGUCGGGGGAGCAGGAAACAAGAUCAUCCAGCUGAUUGAAGGCAAGGCCUCUGCUUAUGUAUUUGCGAGUCCUGGCUGUAAGAAGUGGGAUACUUGUGCCCCGGAAGUUAUUUUACAUGCUGUGGGAGGGAAGCUGACAGACAUCCACGGGAACGCCCUGCAGUACAACAAGGAGGUGAAGCACAUGAACUCUGCUGGGGUCCUGGCCGCACUGAGGAAUUACGAGUACUACGCCAGCCGAGUUCCAGAGUCUGUGAAAAACGCACUGACUCCCUGAAGGGCCGUUUCACUCACUCACCCGGAGGACUUGGUUCUCACAAUAGCACACCGUAGAAUUGAUUGAACAACUAGAGCUCAUCAUUGAUCAGUGAUUUGUAUCAGUAGUUAGGAAUAGAAGAAGGAUUAAGGAAUCUCACUGUAUGUAGUCUAGUACUCUCAUGUCUUAGGCGUAUAAUUCAUUUUAAUUGUCGUUUCUCCUGCCUAAAAGUAAUUGGCCAGGUGUGGAGGCCCAUGUGGUAGUCACAACUAUCCCAGUGGUUGAGCCAGGAGGACCACGUGAGCCCAGGGCCUCCACUACAUAGCAGGGUGCUGCCAAAAGGAAUUUAGUUUUAUCAUUCAUUAGCUAACCAGACCAAUUGUUUUGACAUCUGGAUAGUUUUAAAUUUUAAUGUCUUAAGUGAUCUUGGUUUGUUUGUUUGUUUGUUUGUUUGUUUUUGGUUUUACUUUUGUUUUUUGAGACAGGGUUUCCUCUCUGUGUAGUCCUGGCUGUCCUGGAACUCCAUCCGUAGACCAGGCUAGCCUCCAAAUCAGAGAUGGCUCUGCCUCUGUUUCUCGAUUUCUGGGAUUAAAGGCAUGUUUUUAAUUGGAGAAAUGAAAAAGGAUUAGUUCCAAAUAACUGUCUAGGUCAUUUGUACAUUCAACAUUCCUGCUUAUAAACUGGAUUUCUUCAGGACAGAAUCUUUGUUGUUGUUGUUGAGACAGGGUUUUUCUUUGUAGCCCUGGCUGUCCUGGAACUUGCUCUGUAGAUCAGCCUGGCCUCAAACUCACAGAGGUCAGCCUGCCUUAGCCUCCGAGUGCUGGCAUUAAGGGUGUGCACCACCACUGCCCAGACAGGACCCAGAUUCUUAAGUUGUGCCAGAAUUUCACUUUUUUAUUUUCACAGUAAUUUUUUAAAAAUUUCUGACUCCACCUGAAAAUGCAUAUAAUGAGAUUAUUUAUGUUGAUAGAUUUAUGGGGAAAGUUUCUUUAAAAUAAAUUAUUUACUCAUAGAUCUUCAUA